AUGGGAGAUGAAGAUUGGGAAGCGGAAAUCAUCAAACCUCAUAUGUCUUCCUAUGUUCCUGUAUUUGAGAAGGAUAAAUACUCUUCUGGAGCAAAUGGAGACACUUUUAGCAGGACUUUAGCCACAUCAGGUAUGUUGGAAGAUAGUCCUUCUCGAAGAGAUCAUUUCAUGAGAAGUGGAUUUGCCUCUGGGAGGAGUUUGGGAAACAGAGAUGCUGGUGAGUCUAAUAAAAGAGAGAAUCCACCUACAACAGGGGGUUUUGGAAGAGGAAAGAGUUUUGGAAACAGAGGUUUUUUAAAUAACAGGUUGGAAGAAGGUCAUAGCUCUGGUUUCUGGAGAGAGUCUAAUAAUGACUGUGAAGAAAAUCAAGCUCGGAACAGAGGGUUUUCCAAGAGAGGCGGCUGUCAAGAUGGAAAUGAUUCAGAAACCUCGGGGCCAUUCAGAAGAGGUGGAAGAGGUAGUUUCCGAGGUUGCCGUGGAGGAUUUGGUCUGGGAAGAUCAAGUAAUGAAUAUGAGCAAGAUGAAGGAAUGCAGCGGAGUGGUGGCCCUUUUGGUUCCAGAAGACCUACAGUAAGUGGUUCAGGUAAUGGUGACACUUUCCAAAACAGAAGUGGUAGUGGAAGUGGGCGAGGUGGUUACAAAGGUUUAAAUGAAGAAGUAGUAACAGGCUCUGGAAAGAAUUCUUGGAAGUCAGAGGCAGAAGGAGGAGAAAGCAAUGACAUUCAAGGACCAAAAGUGACGUACAUACCCCCUCCUCCACCUGAAGAUGAAGACUCCAUCUUUGCACAUUAUCAGACUGGCAUAAACUUUGAUAAGUAUGACACUAUACUCGUAGAAGUAUCUGGACAUGAUGCACCACCAGCCAUCCUGACAUUUGAAGAAGCUAAUCUCUGUCAAACGCUGAAUAACAACAUUGCUAAAGCUGGCUAUACUAAGCUUACUCCUGUGCAGAAAUACAGUAUUCCAAUUAUAUUAGCAGGACGAGAUUUGAUGGCAUGUGCUCAGACUGGGUCUGGGAAGACUGCAGCCUUUCUCUUACCUAUUUUGGCUCACAUGAUGCGUGACGGAAUAACUGCCAGUCGCUUUAAAGAGUUGCAGGAACCAGAGUGUAUUAUUGUAGCACCAACUCGAGAAUUGAUCAACCAGAUUUAUUUGGAAGCCAGGAAAUUUUCUUUUGGGACUUGUGUAAGAGCUGUUGUCAUAUAUGGUGGAACCCAGCUGGGGCAUUCAAUUCGUCAGAUAGUACAAGGCUGUAAUUUGUUAUGUGCUACUCCUGGGAGGCUAAUGGAUAUCAUCAGUAAAGAAAAGAUUGGUCUCAAACAAGUCAAGUACCUAGUUUUGGAUGAAGCUGAUCGCAUGUUGGAUAUGGGUUUUGGACCAGAAAUGAAGAAGUUAAUUGCUUGUCCAGGAAUGCCAACAAAAGAACAGCGUCAAACCCUUUUAUUCAGUGCAACAUUUCCAGAAGAAAUCCAGAGGUUAGCUGGAGAAUUUUUAAAGUCAAACUAUUUGUUUGUUGCUGUUGGACAAGUGGGAGGAGCAUGUAGAGACGUUCAGCAGACUAUUCUUCAAAUUGGCCAGUAUUCAAAAAGAGAAAAACUCGUUGAAAUUCUGCGAAACAUAGGUGAUGAGAGAACUAUGGUCUUCGUUGAAACUAAGAAAAAAGCAGAUUUCAUUGCAACUUUUCUCUGUCAAGAAAAAAUAUCAACUACAAGUAUUCAUGGUGAUCGGGAGCAGAGAGAGAGAGAGCAGGCUCUGGGAGAUUUUCGCUAUGGAAAGUGUCCAGUUCUUGUGGCUACGUCAGUAGCUGCCAGAGGGCUGGAUAUUGAAAAUGUUCAGCAUGUUAUCAAUUUUGAUCUUCCUUCUACCAUUGAUGAAUAUGUUCAUCGAAUUGGGCGCACUGGGCGUUGUGGGAAUACGGGAAGAGCUAUUUCUUUCUUUGAUCCUGAAUCAGAUAAUCAUUUGGCACAACCUCUAGUGAAAGUACUGUCAGAUGCUCAGCAGGAUGUUCCUGCAUGGUUGGAAGAAAUUGCCUUUAGUUCCUAUGUUCCUUCUGGCUUCGGUGGUAGUACACGAGGAAGUGUAUUUGCAUCCGUUGACACUAGAAAGAAUCCCCAGGGCAGGAGCACUCUGAGCACGGCAGGGUUAUUGUCUUCAGCAGCUCCCAGUCCAGCUGACGACGAGUCGUGGGACUAAAGCAGACAUCGGCUUCCAGGCUUUGGUGCAGUCUUGAUGC